AUAAUCUAAUCUGUACCGUGCAACUGUAGUGGCUGCAACUUCUACGUAAUACGUGAACGCGUGCGUAAAUAAACACGACAUGUUCAUUUUAAAUAGGCGCAUAAAUUCUGUACAAGGUACAGCCAACAAUUUUUGGGCUUAGAUGGUUUAAAUAAUAUUGGUUAUAAGGGAAAAAUCCGUAUGGAAAUGUCUUCGCAAUCCGUCAAAAUACUCGCAAAGCACUGACACAGACUUUUUAUAUACGGACCGCCUGAGAUGCCAGGCACUUUAAGCUUAUGCUUUAACCCUACGGCUACAUCCCAACUCCGGAUUUUACAACACAGAUUUAUAGGAUACUGCUGGCACUCACUGUAACAGUGGGUGAGCAUCGGAUGGAGCUCGUUAUCCGUUGUGCUGCGUAAGCGGAGAGCGGCCGACGCGAUGUUCCCGCGACGCGCUGCACACUGGCCGUCGUGCUGGUUGGGAAGGGGCGCUGCUGUGUCAAUAAGGACGCUUAUCCUACGGACCCCUGUGCGUCAGCUGCGCGCCCUUGGAAGGGGGCUCGUGGGUGCUGAAUGGCGCGUUUCCUAUCGGGUACACGACGCCGCGCGCGGACUGAGCAGCCACCCCGCCCCCGUGGGCGGUCGCCCUAGCACCAGGGGUGGACCGAAUGGGGCUCCUGGGGAAGGGGCUAUCCGCGCUGCACCACCGCCAGCCCGUGCUGACGCUAUGGCACCCGCCCCGGAGAAGCCAAAGCCCUCGUACUGGCAGCGCUUCAAGGAGAUGUACAAAUCCUACUGGUACGUCCUGCUGCCCGUGUUCGCCCUUACGUCCGCCGGCUGGAUGCUGCUCCUCUACUACCUAGUCAAAAGUGGCGUGGACAUCGUGUCCCUGCUGGAGAGGGUGGGCGCCAGCGAGGCGCUGCUGGAGCGCUUCCGGCUGGAGUCGUCGCGGUCGGCGACGUACGCGUACCUGGCCAGUGCGUACGCGCUGUACCACGUGGUGGCGCCGCUGCGCUACGGCCUGACGCUGGCGCUGACGACGCUGGCCAUCGCCUACCUGCGCCGCUGGGGCUACAUCCGGCCGGUGCCCUCCAAGGAGCGCCUGCAGCAGAUGGUCAGCCAGGCGCCCACGCACGUCCGCCGGAUGGUCCGCCGCCGGCUGGACGCCCGACACAAACGCCACACCGAGCACUGUGAUCCCGACAAUCCUCCCAAGAAGCAGUGAAGCCGCGGAAAGCGUUCACUCCAUCCCGAUAUACGGAAGCACGUGAUUAUUAUUAUUAUUACUAUUAUUAUUACAUCAGCAGCAGACAACCCGCUAAACGGGACUUCAACGUCUGCUCGGCUAAUGCAUAAUCAUCGCAAUGCAUCGCUCGUUGCGUGAUUUCCGUGAUUACCGGCGUCCAGAUUUCACCGUUUAGCGCGAUUUCCGGACUGGAAGGAGCGCUGCUGUCUUUACGGGAGAAUGCUCCUCAGUGAUUUCCAGUGGGCUGGCUGGUGGCCUUGAAAUGCCAGCGCGGGCAUGCCUGUGUUGUGUUUUUAACGCUUUGGGUGUCGGCCGGUUGUGGGUGAACGCGACGGCGGCCUUUCUUUACUAAUCACUUCCGGUUCAGCUGAACUGCAGUGUUGGUUUAUAAAUAGCGUCGCUAUUUAUGUUCGUUCGUGCAAUCAGCGUGAUGCAUCCUCUUUCCGGUAAAAAUAACCCGUUCUGCUUUUCAGCGUUGGCUUUCCAGAAAGGUUCCAGCUCGAAUUAAAACGAACUGUGAAAUUUAUUACACCGGCCAUGAAACUGAUUAAGAGAUUUGGCCCGGUACAUCGUACCGAACUCCUGUAUGUCCAUGCACGAAAACUUUCAUUUUCGCGCACUCCCAAACAAUUCUUUGUUGUGUUUUAUAACCUUCUGUAGCCAGAUUGUUUGUAUACAUGCACAGGCGUAAGAACCGUUUGUGCGCCCAACAUCCGGUUCGGGAGUUUUGGCUACGUAUUAGAAAAUUCCAAAAAUCUUAGCUUAUUUAGGUGUACACACUACACAGUCUCGUCAGCAACCGAUCAUUUUGCAUCGAAACGUACAAAUGCAUUUAAAGCGUUUUUGCACCGAACCAGAGCUGCACCAAUUUUUUAAAAUUUUAAAAUGAAUUUAAAUUAUUGAAAUCAAUGCAUGAAUUUGGAUGAAUGAAUUUGAAAAUGAAUUCCAAAAUUUUUGGAAAUUUCUAACAGCCAUAACUCCCGAACCGAAUGCUGCGCGCACAAACGGUUUUUACGCCUAUAUAUGUGUGAUUUAUACAUACGUACUUUUGUAUGCAUACUUUUUAUUAGCACAAGCCAGUUUUUUUAUAAAAUCGACAUGCCGUAACUGGUUUGGUAAUUUAUUUCAAAUGCCGCUCGAUCUGGGCAGUGAUGAUUUGUGAAUCAUGGCGUGUGCAUGCUUAGACUCACAAUUAGUUUUAAUUCUGCUUGCAUAUAUUCCUCGCAGUCUCGCACGUUCCUGCAGCCCGGUGACCGGAAGGGAAAUCGUAAAACUGUCUCUCACACACAUUACGCACUAUGGCAUGCCAUGCACUCGUAUUAAUAUUACUGUAAAUUAGUAUUGCGCUGUUGGUAUUAUGCUUUCCUGCCUUUCCAUGUGCUUCCGAACGGUAAAUUAUAAAACUCGAGCCCAGCGCUGCUUGAGCCGAGAUAAAACAUUUCUAGAAUUCAUUUUUGUUCUCAGUUUGCAUCGGCUUGACCAUUGAUCAGCUUGUUAAACUCUGGCCCAAACCUUGUUCUCUGUGUUGCAUUGUUCUUGUCAUUAAACAUGCCGUGUACUUCCGCUGGGCCCGCGCUCAAGCUCUGACUCUGACUCAGACUCUGACCGCUCAAACUCUGACUACUCAAAGUCUGACUCUGACUGUCCAAACUCUGACUCUGACUGAAUAACCUAAGAAUAACUUAAGAAACCUAAGAAACCUAAGAAAACUUAGAAACCUAAGAAACCUAUUAAGA